ACCUGCUGCCCUCCGUGGAUCACUUUCCGAGCAGAAGUUGGAUUUGGUCAUAGAAGGUAUUAUGAAUAUUGUGUUACGUCUUGAUGAGAGUGAUGCUCUUUUAGCAGUUGGUGAUAACGAAGCUGGUGCACUGACUUCCGGGGGGAACAGGAUGGCGAUUGUUUGUCCUACAACACCAGGCUCCGUUAACAAACCUCCAAACAGCGUUGGGGAUGAUACUACCACACUUACCCCCCUGUAAUGGUUAAAGAUCAUGUUCCGCGCGGUGGUUUAAAGGCUCACAGGACUCGUGAACAAAGAUUUUUACAACCAGGUGAGAAUAAAAACCCCGCAAGGAAGCAAGUCAGGAAAAACAAGAGUGUUGUACCACAAGACUUUCCAGAAACCAGCAAUUGUCAGAACACUUGCCUUCCUCAACACAACUACUUGUAGCCGCCAAACACCUUCCAUCCUGGUUGGGGAUCCCACGAUCAAUAUGGGUAUAGUGCUGAUUACCCGCCUCAAAUGGCUGGGCAAGUAAGGGGGACUAUGGUAUACCCUCAGCAGAACUACAACAAUGGGGUAUCUGUUCAACAGUUUCAGUCAUCUGGAAGAGUAAGUGGAGUUGUUGCCACAAAUUUGUUUCCCUCAGGACAGACAGAAAUUCGCAUGUCUGUGGGUGGGAUUCGUAUGACCCCGGAGGGUGGUGACGUACUUUUGUCCCAAGACCGUUGUGGUAUAUCAAUGUCACAAAACAUAUCUGGUGGUCCAAUUGCCCAAAACCUAUCAGGUUUACACAUGUCCCAGAACAUUAAUGGUGUGCAAAUGUCGCAAAACUUGAGUGGAGUGCAACUAUCUCAGAUGUCGCAAAUGUCCCAGAAUGCUGGUUCCAUUCGUUACUUCACCAUUAACAGCAGCAGUAGAGGUGGAAAUUAUCAAGAGGCCGGGAGUCAUUGUAUGCCUGCAAAUCAAAACCAGCACCGGCAUAGUUUCCAGGUUGUGAACGAAACCUCCCAUGGGGAUCACCGUAGUUAUCAACCAACUACUAAACACUUGUUGCAGUCCAAUCCGGGUUUUUUAGUCAAUGAGGGUGGGUGUGGAACGCAUUCUAUACAUGGCGCCAGUGGUAAUCCAGUAUUCACUCAAGACCUGCUCGGUUGUCAUGACCUUACGAAGAAUUAGAAUUGAUUUCCAUGGUGAAAUCCACCCAAUAAAUCUACCUUUGUGGUACGUUAUUUGAAGUUGAUUGACUUCCAUCCAAUAAGUCCGAAUUAUGGCGUGUUACCAUAUGUGCAUUCCUCUGUAACCAUAUGAUUCAAUUUGUAACCCAAUUUGGGGUUUACAGGAUGUCGUAACUUAAAUAAGGUUACUUUAGAUACUUUCGUAAACUGAAUUUUCAUUAUUGA